AUUAGUGCCCAAUGGAAGCAAGAUCAAGAAGCUAAGAAACAAAAUGAUGAUUGCUUCUACUUCUUUCACUGCCACCUCCACUGCUAAACUUCUUCAUUCUUCUUCUGCAACCCGCAAUUCUAACCCUUUUCUUGGAUUCACACACAAGACGCCUACCAAACAGUCCUCUUCUCCGCCUCGCCGUGUCCUCCACCUGGUUCUCACGGCUUCAAUUUCAAGAUCAUCACCACCAGCAGCUCCACCACCAUCGCAACCCAAAACAAGCAUGGCUAGUGAAACUGUUCCCUCCCCUUCAAUGAAGCUGUUGUUCGUUGAAAUGGGUGUUGGAUAUGAUCAACAUGGGCAAGAUAUUACUUCAGCUGCCAUGCGAGCUUGUAGGGAUGCUAUCUCUUCCAACUCCAUUCCUGCCUUCAGGAGAGGUUCUAUACCUGGUGUUUCAUUUAAUGAGAUGAAACUACAGAUCAAAUUGGGAGUUCCUCGACCUCUCCAGAAUUCCCUGGAAAUUGAGAAAGUCAAGUCUGUUUUCCCUUAUGGAAGCAUCUUGAGCGUUGAAGUCGUGGAUGGUGGGCUGAUAUGCUCAAGUGGUGUGCACGUAGAAGAAAUGGGUGAUAAGAAUGAUGACUGCUACAUUGUGAAUGCUGCUGUUUACGUUGGCUAUUGAGUUGUUUUCGUGACUGUCUAAAGAUGUCAGCUUUAUCCCUUUGUCCUCAUUACCAAGUAUAUCACUUUCACCUUGAUGGCUUACCAGAACUGCGUAGGAUAGAUGGUUCUUUUUCCAGAUAACGUAAUAGGCACAAAAUGAUUCAAAAUAGUGGAUUUGUUUGUUUUUUCUUGCUGACUCACACAGAGAUGUGUGUGGACAAACACGACAUGUCUGUCUUGCUUAGAUUUGCUAAUAUGCCUUUGUUUGUUGUGGUUGUGUUGCUUGUCUUUUUAUAGACCUUGAGAUGUUUGAAUUUUACCACAUGUUGUCUGAGAUUGAUAAAUAUGCCGAUACCAAUGAUGCUGUUUUUCGUGAUGUCUUCUCUGGCAUUUUCUGCAUGUCAAACUACCGACACGGCUACCGCUACCGCCACCGCCACCGCUACCACCACCGCUACCUACCGCCUCCGCCACCGCUGCUGCAUCCAGCAUGACAAAAACAGCAUUUCUUGCUGCUAUGAUCUGCCGAUCCCGCUACCGCCACCGCAUCUAGCAUGACAAAAAUAGUAUUCUUUGCUGACUUGCUGCUAUGAUCCGCCGAUCCCAAUGCAUGCUAAAAGCAAGACUUGAGGGAGUAAGGGCAAAAGAAGAUGAGGAUCAGAAUUUUCUCAUAUGCCGACAUCAUGAUUGGGGUCAUCUCUACCUGGUUGCUUGCAUUUGUGUUACUAACACGUGAAAGAUACUUGAUCAUGAGGUGUAUACAGGAUUAAGUUUUUGUACUCUCUUUUGUCUCUACUUUUCCGGUUGAGACAGAUUUCUCUUUGCCAAAGUCCGCCAAUUGGUUACCUUUGCACGUCCUGAGCCUUUA